CUUCACAUCUCAGGGGCGGAGUUUCAUCCCGUGAGGUUCCCCCCUGGGUUCUCCGGAGGGUUUGGGGAAGUGAAAGUCACCAAGGACCGGGUCUGGUGCAACUCGUGAUCCGGCGCCUCGGGGUCCCCACCCAGAUUUCCCGACUCCAGCCCCAUGGCCACUCUGAGCCUGCUGCUCCUGGGCGCGCUGCUAUGGGUCCCAGCAGGGACCCUGACCUGCUACGGGGACUCGGGGCAGCCUGUGGACUGGUUCGUCGUCUACAAGCUGCCGGCCAGUACCAGGUAUAAGUACUUGGAUGCGGACUCAGGGGGCUGGCGCGACGGUACGGUGCCCAUCGACAACCUCAAGGGAGCCGUAGGCCGCAGCCUGCUGCCGCUGUACCAGAACACCAGCCAGCAUGCCUUCCUACUUUACAAUGACCAGCCACCUAAGAACAACAGGACUCACAACUCUACCAACCGAGGGCACACGAAGGGUGUGCUGCUUCUGGACAAAGAAGAGGGCUUCUGGCUGAUCCACAGCGUUCCCGGGUUCCCUCCCCUUUCACGCACCGCAUACCGAUGGCCUCCUCAGGCCCACAGAUAUGGGCAGACCCUCCUCUGUGUGUCUUUUCCGUUCGACCAAUUCUCAAAGAUUGGCAGACAACUGAGCUACACCUACCCCAGUGUGUAUGACCACCAGCUGGGAGGGAUCUUCCUCCAGAAAUUACCUGGCCUGGGGGAGGUGGUCGAGGGCCACCAUGUUCUCAACAGACCCUGGAACAGCAGUGUGACACUCACAUCAAAGGCAGGGGCCACCUUCCAGAGCUUUGCCAAAUUUGGAAAAUUUGGAGAUGACCUAUACUCUGGCUGGUUGGCAGAAGCUCUUGGAAGCAAUCUGCAGGUCCAGUUCUGGCAACACUCUCCUGGCAUCCUGCCCUCCAACUGCUCCGGGGCCCAGCAAGUGCUCGAUGUGACCCAGAUAGGCUUCCCUGGACCCGCAGGGCCCACGUUCAGUACCACAGAGGACCACUCCAAGUGGUGUGUAGCCCCAGAAGGGCCCUGGGCCUGUGUGGGUGACAUGAAUCGGAACUGUGGAGAGGAGCACCGAGGUGGGGGCACACUGUGUACCCAGCUGCCUGCCUUCUGGAAAGCCUUCCAGCCUCUGGUGAAGGCCUGGAAACCCUGUGAGAGCAGAGUAGCGCCUGUCUCCAGAAAGCCCAGCAGAGCAUAUAGGAGCCAGUUGGGACUUCAGUUUAAAUCCCAGUUCAGUCCCUUAUUGUGUGCCUUAACCUGUGACUCAGUCUACUCAUCUGCAAAAUGGGAACACUUGACUCAAAAGUUGUGAAGAGCCCUAACCGGUUUGGCUCAGUGGACAGAGCGUCAGCCUGCGCGCUGAAGGGUCCUGGGUUCUAUUCCGGUCAAGGGCAUGUACCUUGGUUGCGGGCACAUCCCCAGUGGGGGGUGUGCAGGAGGCAGCUGAUUGAUGUUUCUCUCUCAUCUAUCAAUGUUUCUAACUCUCUAUCCCUCUCCCUUCCUCUUUGUAAAAAAAAAAAAAAAAAAAUCAAUA